UAAUAUGAAGAUUGGCUAUUGCUAUUAAAAUUGUGCGGAGAAUUGAAUCAUUAUUUUUUUGCAGAUGGAAGUCACUCGUACAUGUUUCGUCAGCAAGAGAGGCAUAUUGAUUGGGCGAGGAUUGGAGCAUUCCAAUUCGAUUCAAAUGCUGGACUCCUGUCAGACAGUCUGAUGGCACCUCUGAGAAUCCCGAAACAAGAGACGGUGGAGAAAAUGUUGCAGCAAAAUUGCUGCUGUGCAUUAAAUAAUAUUAAACCUGGAAUCUGGAUAGCUGACUUGCAGCUUGUUCGAUGUGCUGUUUGCGACCUUUGUUCAUGUGAUGGAACAAUGCAAACCUUGGAUGCCAGGCAUAUUGAACUCUUCUUGAGUGACGGAUAUCUGAACGGAAGCUGGGAUUAUGAUACCUUAGGAACCCGUGACAUCAGCAAGAGUGCUGAUGUGGCUUCUGGAGGGAUUUUUGACAUUAAGCAUCUCAAUGAUCAUUCAGCCUCUGACAUCCUUGAUCUGAAGUCAUGGGUCGGAAAGCGAAACGACUGGCAACCUAAAACAUUGACUACCCUCCAUGCAGUUGCAGUGAACACCAAUUUGCAAGACAAUGAAGGUCUUAAGAUUACAUACGAGGCUAUGAAGGCUGGAAAAGAUGGCCAAGUUGUUUCGAUUCGUAUAUCCCACCAGCUUCUGUAGUUCUGUUCAAAUCCUCACUAAUAUAUAUUAAUCCCCUCUCCAAGUGUAGUAUCAGAAUUUUCUUCCAUGUAAUUGUUGAAGUAAUUGGUUAAAAAAAAUAAAAUAAAAAAUCAGUUCCCAUUUAGAAUUUUAGUUCACAUAAGGCCCGACGACCUAGCUGUAUCGUCAGCACAUGUACAAAGUGAUUUCACACGAACAAGAUCUGUUCCAAGACAAUAAUAUCGUCCGA